AGGACUUGCAACCAAACAGAGUGUAAGUUGAAGUGAGGAAUAAACUAUAACUACCAGUAGUAGUUCCCUUCUGAUGCGGUGCAGGGCCAACCUGGGGCACAAUCUUCUUCCUCUAAAAACUUCCAACAGCAGACAAAACCCUAGCCUAGCAGUGAAAAAUGGAUGACGAGGAAGAGAGAGGCUUAUGGAGAGGGAGAGAUUGCAAAUCCAGGUCAUUCGCCAGCUCGAUCUCGAGGACCUCGAAGUCGAAGAAGUCGAUCACUCCGACGAAGACGACACCGACGACGAACCCGACGAGGAGUAUGCGCUUUUCCCUUCGCAAUACAAUUCGGAUACUUCUCCUCCUCCUCCCUCAUCCGCCGAAUUCAAUUUCGAUACCUAUAUUGCGCCUUCGCACACCUAUCUCGGUGAUGUCGAAGACACGCGCCACAGGAUUGCUUUCUUGGACGGUGGAGCCAUAUUGAACCUUCCACUCUUUUGUCUCCGAGGAGUUGUACUCUUUCCUGGGGCUACUCUUCCCCUUAGAGUUAUUGAACCUCGUUUGGUGGCUGCUGUUGAGAGAGCUUUAACUCAAGAUGAUAUUCCUUAUACCAUUGGUGUGAUUCGAAUUCACCGGGAUAUUGCAACUCGUAGGACUAAAUCAGCAAGCAUUGGGACAACUGCAGGGGUAUUUCAGAAAUGGUUUUGCAAUGUACAAUACUUUAUUGAUCUAUGCUUUUAUAUGUGGAAGAGAAUGGUUGGGAUGCCUGACAUGGAUAGUCUCAUUAAGAAGCCUGACGUUUUAUCAUUUCACAUAGCCAGUAAAAUACCUGUGUCUGAGUCUACAAGGCAGGAAUUUUUGGAUAUUGAUAGCAUUGCAUAUAGGCUGCGUAGGGAAAUUGAAUUACUAGAGAGCAUUGAUCUUAUCCGGUGUAAAAGCUGUGAGACUAUAAUUGCAAAAAGAAGUGAUAUGUUGAUCAUGUCAAGUGAGGGUCCUCUUAGUGCAUAUGUGAAUUCAGGUGGUUAUGUGCAUGAGAUAAUGACUCUAUACAAGGCAAAUGGUUUAGCUCUCACUGGAUCAGCAGUAGCAGAUCACAGUUGGUUUCCCGGGUAUGCAUGGACAAUCGCAACUUGUGCAACAUGUAAAAAACAAAUUGGAUGGCUUUUUACAGCCAGGAACAAACAACUGAAACCCAGCUCUUUCUGGGGGAUUCGGAGCUGUCAACUUGCAGAAGAAAUACGCCAAAACCUUUAGUUUGAUAUGUAUGCAGUCAUCUAUCCAAAGCUUAGUGAAGGCAUGUUCUAGUAACACUGCAUGGUUAUGUAUAAUGCAACUUUCUUGUAGCAGUGUGCUUGUUGAUAUACGUAUAUUAGUAAAUAUAUGUCUGCACCAGCUUGGAAGAAAUAAAGUCACACCUGAAGAUAAUUUUAGAUGGGAAUUUUUGCAAACUCUUAAAGCUGUGCUGUUUACAGUUAGAUGAAUAUUUCGCUAAAAAGAGCUGCAUGCCUGUUUUGUUAGA